AUGAAUAUAUUCAAUGUUGAAGAUUCACUUGAAGAGUUCGAUAUUCAGUAUAUGAAAGCAUACAAUCAGGUCUUGAAUAAGUACCAUGAUUGUACCAAUAGUUCUAGAAAGCAAAGAGCAAAAUCGGUUUCUAGUACUAGGAAGGAUAUUGCGUUAUCAUCCCCUUUACUUGAUAAGCAUACGAACAGAUUUGAGGCGGACCGAACCAGAGCCUUUGAGUUGCUAGAUAAUUCUCAGCAAAGUAUAUCACCUACUAGUAGAGUAGCAUCCAAGCCUUUUGGUAAGGUAUCCAAAAUGAGACCUCCAUUGAAGCCUUCGGUUACAAUCGAGUCAAUUGAUACGAUUGCGAAGCCCAAGCAUAUCUCUUAUCCAACCUCGCCAAAAUGCCAUGCUAACAGCAAAUGUGCUUCAGAUGUUGCAUCCUUCAACAGUUAUGUUGGUAAUCCUUUCUACAAACCUUCCAACACCCGGGGAAUAAAGUCAAUGCCCUCUAUUCCUACGGUGUCUUCAUUUAAUUUCAACUUUGGCAAUACGCCUGAAUUGGGCGAUUUUCCAGAUGCUACAAAUAUAUCUCAUAAAAAGCGUAAGGUUUCUACUCAAUCAGAUAUGCAACUCCUGGUUUAUGAGGAUGGGCAUCCAGACCCAUCCAGUUCUGAUGCAUCCUUAUCAUCAUUUAAUUCCAUUUUAUCUUUAAAUGACAAUGAAUUCGACGACUUCAACUUUGAUUAUUUCUUGUCGCAGGAGAAUUCAGAUAUGUUUAGCGUCGAUGAUAAGCUAAAUUUUAAUGACUAUUAUCCCUUUGAUUGA